UAUAAAAACAUCUUUGGUUAUUAAAGAAGGGUUUUGUUAGGGGAGAUUUUCAAUUCAAAUUUUUGUUGUCGAACAUUCAUCGUUUUCUCAAUGGACCCGGAAGUUGUUGUUCGCAAACAGCAGCAGUAAUUACACGUCAUUGAUUGGUUAGAAUUACACAAAUACGACAACUUUAGCAGAGUAUUUUUGUAUGUAGUUGAAAUUUAUAGAGAAACAAAAGACAAAGACAGGUGUAUGAACAACAACCAAAUGUAUUAGUUUUACGCAUUUAUGUUUCGAACAUAUGCUCUUCAACAGAAAGGAAUAAGAGAAAAUAAGAGGUUGUUGUGUCCUAGCAUAUGUGCUGCUUAUUUUAGUUUUCGUAUUUUCCAGUGUUGUUUGCGUGCCAAUGAAGCCCAUUUGACAGAUAUUUGUCCUCAUCUCGUUUGUUAACACAACGUUUCGGCUGAUAUACCCUCUAGCCUUCAUCAGGGAAAUUUCGAACCUAAUGUAUUUUGUGAUAUUAUUUUGAACCUAAGGUAUUUUUUGAAAUUAUUAUUAUUCAGGUCACUGUCUGGAAUCGAACUCGGAAUCUUGGGGUUAGUCGCCCGCGCUCUUAACCACUACGCCUUGUUGUUGGCACUCCGUUGCUUACGACGUCGAGGGUUCCAGUUGAUCCGAUCAACGGAACAGCCUGCUCGUGAAAUUAACGUGCAAGUGGCUGAGCACUCCACAGACACGUGUAUCCUUAACGUGGUUCUCAGGGAUAUUCAGCGUGACAAAGCCGACCCUUUGAAAUACAGGUACAACAGAAACAGGAAGAAAGAGUACAGCAGGGUUCGCCACCAUCCCCUGCCGGAGCCUCGUGGAGCUUUAGGUGUUUUCACUAAAUAAACACUCACAACGCCCGGUCUGGGAAUCGAAACCGCGAGUCCGCUGCCCUAACCACUGGGCCAUUGCGCCUCCACACUACGCCUUAUACCCGUGGGCAAUUAUGGAGUGAAAAUCUAAUAUCGUAUUUUCCAGUGGUGUUCUCUGUCUAUUUUUUUUUAACUUCAUCCCACAAAGGGGAGGUGGUCUCCAUUUUUCCAUACAUGAUCAGCUAUACCCGAUUUAUCAAUAUCUCCUCGUGUCAAGCUUUGCUAUGUUCAUCUACCCUUAUUUUGAAGGGACGGCAUGUUUCGCCUUUGUAUAACCUACCACAGCUGCAUGGGAUGGAGUACACGUAGUUUUUGACGGAGAAACCGAAAAGGGGAUAUAACGAGAGUUAUGUUUUCUUAUAUUAUACGCAUGUGCAAUAGACUUGAUUUUCGCUUGUGUUUGGAUUGUGUUGUGGUUUUCAAAAUUGCUUCUGUAGCACAAAUAGUUUAGCGAGAGUUGUGCUCGCAUCAAUCCGUAUACAGCGCGGUUGGGUAACCUCCCUUGGUAGCUAAGUGUUUACAGGCGAUCCCUAUAGGUGGCAGCUCUUUGGCUUCGCGCCACAAAGGAUUCCUGUUGACGGUUGACUUUCAGCUGAUUCCGAUUUGGAUUUGUGCGACUCAGCAUUUUAUGCCAGACCUCCACAUUCAACACGUUCUCCAUAACAACUAUUAACCUAUCUCAAAUGGAUGAUUAUCUUUAAGGGUUAUUUCCUCAACUUCCUCUUUUUUAUUUUACCCGAAGAAAACCCCUAUUGUAUAUUUCCAGAUAGAUCUGUUAUUAUUACCUUUCUUGUAACCUUUGUAAAAUUCCACUGAGAUAUUUUAAUCAUGUUCCGAGCCGGAAUAAACUCGUAUAGUUUUAGGGUCCCUGUAAGUGACUUGCUUGUUUUCUUAUAAGAAUCUGCAAGGGGAAUUCAACGUGAAGUGCCAUGAAUGGAGCGCGGAAUGUCAGGAGAGAAAACUAUUUAUCCAGCAUGACUACUGACAACCAAACGGAGUUACAGCAUCAUCCUUUAUAAAUCAUUUCUAAUAUUGGAAUUGAAGAAUUUCAAAAGUAUCAUCUUUUAAAAAUCUAUAGAAAAAUGUUAGACCAAACACAUACAGUUGUGUUGAUGUAAAUCUUUGGAAGAAUUGCAGUCAGAUAUUUCCUGUGAACUAAGAUUAGCAAUGUUGCUGUACUUAUCUGACUGGAACGUUUACUAAGUACACUUGGACAAAUUUACAAUGAAGUUACAGCUUAUGAUACAAUCAAAGAUCAGAACUGGUGGAAAUACAGCACUAAGAAAAACUUGAAAAAUAAAAGUAUAUCAUUGGUGAGAAAAGGAAAAUUAUGGAAAAUUAUUUAAGCAAAAACAAGAUUAGAUGUAAAGCACAGUCUACAAAUACUGAUAUCUGUAAAAAGUCAUUUGCUAUAAAAGGUAAUCUAACUACUAAACGUAUUCACACAGGAGAAAAACUAUUUUACUGUGAUAUCUGUGGUGAAUCAAUCUCUAAAAGUAGCAACUUAACUGCUCACAAAUGCAUUCAUAGAGGAGAAAAGCCUUAUCACUGUGAUGUCUGCUCUAAAUCUUUCUCACAAAAAAGUAACUUAACUGCUCACAAACGAAUUCACGGAGAGAAGACAUUUGAUUGUGAUAUCUGUGGUAAGUUAUUUUCUCAAGCAAGUUACCUAACUGUUCACAAACGAUCCCAUACAGGAGAAAAGCCAUAUGUCUGCAAUAUCUGUGGUAAAUCAUUUACUGUAGCAACUAAUUUAGCUUCUCACAAACGCACCCAUACAGGAGAGAAGCCAUACCAUUGUGAUAUCUGUGGUAAGUCAUUCUCUCGUAGAAAUAGCGUACUUGCACACAAACGCAUUCAUACUGGAGAGAAACCAUAUCACUGUAAUAUCUGUGGUAAAUCAUUCUCUACAGGAAGUAGUUUGUCUACUCACAAACAUGUUCAUGAUGUAGAUAAAUCAUAUCAUUGUGAUAUCUGUGGUAAAUCAUUCUCACAACGUAGUAACUUAACUAUUCACAAACGAACUCAUACAGGAGAAAAACCAUAUCAAUGUGAUAUUUGUGGUAAAUCAUUCUCUGGAAGUGGUGUGUUAACAACUCACAGAUAUAUUCAUACUGGAGAAAAACCAUAUCACUGUGAUAUCUGUGGUAAAUCAUUCUCUACAGGAAGUAGUUUGUCUACUCACAAACAUGUUCAUGAAGUUGAUAAAUCAUAUCAUUGUGAUAUCUGUGGUAAAUCAUUCUCACAACGUAGUAUCUUAACUAAUCAUGAACGAACUCAUACAGGAGAAAAACCAUAUUAUUGUGAUAUUUGUGGUAAAUCAUUCUCUGUAAGUGGUGAGUUAACCGAUCACAGAUAUAUUCAUACAGGAGAAAAACCAUAUCGUUGUGAUAUCUGUGAUAAAUCAUUCUCUUCACGGGGCAACUUAAGUAGUCACAAAUAUAUUCAUACAAGAGAAAAACCAUAUCACUGUGGUACGUGUGGUGAAUCCUUUUCUCGGCUAAAUCGUUUAACUACUCAUAAAUGCAUUCAUACAGGAGGGAAGUCAUAUUGUGAUAUUUGUGGUAAAUCAUUCUCUGGAAGUAGUGUCUUAUCUAGACAUAAACGGAUUCAUAGAGGAGAAAAAGGUGAUGCAGUUAAACAUAAACGUGUUCAUUCGGGAGAGAAACCAUAUCGCUGCAAUAUUUGUGGUAAAACAUUUACAGAAUCAAGCAGUUUAUCCUCUCACAAACGCAUUCAUACAGGAGAGAAGCCACAUCGUUGUGGUAAGUCAUUCUCUGUAUCCAAUAAUUUAACUAAACACAAAUACGUUCACACAAGAAAGAAACCACAUCCCCGUGAGAUCUGCAAGAAACCAUUUUCUGAACAUUGUAACUUAAUUAAACACAAGUAUAUUCAUAGAGGAGAAAAGCUGCAUGACUGAUACCUGUACUAAAUCAUCAUCUCAUGAAAAUCACACAACCACAUUUGUAGGCAUUCAUUUACAAGUGUAAGAGUAACCAUAUCAAUGUGAAGUCAUUCUCUAAAAAGUGUCCUGUACAACCAUGAAUGUUUUCAUGCAGAUUGGUUCUCUGAAGGCCAUUUAGUUAUAGAAACUAUUGCAAAAAUGGAACAUACAAGCAAGACAUUGUCCUCUGACCCAUUUCAGAGGGCAGUGACUUUGGCUAUGAUGACUCGUCUAACCCAUACCGGCAUGGAAAGAGGACAUGAUGAUUACAAUGAAUAUAUAACAGUAUAAUAACAACCUCGUAGCUAUAUAUUUUAUGUAACAAGUAUAUCUCCAUUGGUGAGAGAACUUACUACUGUAUGUUUAAUAAAAGCAUUAUACGUGAAAUAUAUUUUUGAAAUUCAAAAUGAAAAAAUUAGGAACAUUUUCCUGCAUCUAUACAGUGCAAGACAAAUGAGAGCUUCUUUCAUUUUAUGUGAGUCUAUAAAUCAAGGAAGCUUUUGUCUUUGUAUGUGGAUUACUUACUUGAUGGUAUGACAUUUUAUCCUACAAAUUAUUGAAAGAAUUUUUCACUUGUUGCAAUCCAUGAGAGAAUAUUAUACCAUAUUUCUGCAUAGUUUUCCUGUAGUAAAUAUGUUGAUACUACACACACACACAGAAAACAAAAGAAGCUGUCGUUUAUUUAUACAUGUGCACACAAAAAGAGGCUUUCAUAAUUUGUAUAUACACACACUAAAUGAAAGAAGCUGUAUGGAUGUGCAAAAUAAUGCAUAACUUUUCCAUUUUCAAUUUUAAAAUUUCGUUUGUUAAAUUACACUUGUCUUCUUUUUCUAACAAGAUAAACAAACAAAUGUUGAAAACGUUCUAAAAUGAAGAGGAAAGUUUAUUUUAAAAUUAUGUUAUUUUAUUUUUAUACAGAACCAUAAUCUUAAAUAUUGUAAACAUAUAAUCCAAAGGAGUUGUAGAAAAAUAUCAAAGAAGUCACAGAUGGUUAUAUGAUUUGCUUUCACCAGAACUCUGCUUGUAAACAAAUAAUUUUCAUAUUAACAAAGAACUGUGAGCUAGCAGCACACCAGGCACAAAGCUUAAUGGCAUUCUGUCCAUCUCUUUAUGAACUAAGUUCAGAUUCCACUAAGGCUGUGGUAUCAAUAAAAUAAGUACCAGUUAAACAUUGGGGUCAAUGUAAUCAACUUAUUCCUCCCAUAAAAUCACUGGUCUUGUGCAAAAACUUGAAACCAAUAUUACCAAAGAACAUUGUAUUGUGUAUUAAGAAUUAAUUAAAUGCAAGUGUCAGAAUAUUGCAUUGUUAUGCAAAA